UUGUUUUUGCUUUAGCAGAUGUGGACUCUGAGGCUUGGGCAGAGGGAAUCAGGAGUGCGAGGGUUUCUGCUGGAUGAGGAAGGACCAUGUGAGAGAAGGGAGGCUGCCCUUUGUGGUCUGGGGAUGAGCUUGGAGUCAGUGGCAGUUACUGCCUCCGAUGGCCUUUAUGUUUCUGAACUCUGAACGGUCAGGACAUGAGGUGCUGACUCUCCCUGUACCUUGGGUUGAUGUAUACUCACACCAUACUGCACAAACGCGUAAAGAAGGCUCCAAACUGGGAGGCCAGGGUCCUGGGCUGCGGCUGUGAAGGUGCCUUCACAGGAUGCUCUUUGCUCUAGCUUGGGGAGCCCCCAAGGUGACCCGGGGGUAGAGUUUGGAUCUGAGUCAGAAAAAUGAAAAAGAAAAUAGACUACAGGACGAGGAGGGCCCACCGUGAUAAUAAGGGGAGGUGCCCCUUCUGAUCCCCCCGAAAUUUACUGAGCUGAGGAACAGCAGCAGGAGGCAGGGGCAAAGCUGCUCUGAGUCUCUUAGGAUGAGAGAUUUAACAAGCUUGAGAUGGAGAAGCCACAAGGGCCUGGGGGGACAGAGGGACUGAUGUCACUCGAGAGGCUGUUUGUCCUUGGGGAUAGCAGGUGGGGCUGAGAUGGCAAAGAUGAUGACACAAUCCCAAGAUUCCCUGGACCAAUUAAUCCGAAGGCUGAGAUGCAGGCUGAGUGCCACAGGAAAGGCAAGAAUCGGUUUUUGGGGCAGUGGACCUUUAACCUUUGGGCGGCAGAGCUUCUUCCCAUCUUGUUAGUCUUUUGGAAGCUCUGGCAAGUCUGUAGUUGCCACAGAUGCCAGUCCCCCCAAACAGCCUGGUUUUCCGGGGUUCUGGCAGCAGACCCCACUCACAUGGUGCUGCCCCUCAGGGCCUGUUUGAAACUCGGGGACAGACGGCCUGAGCCAGGAUGCUGCUCCACCUUUGAGUCAUCCCUUUAACUCCCCAGAGAGUGUGCUAUCCCCUCCCCCUCUCCCUGCCCAGGGCUUACAGGCUUACUCUUGGGACCGUUUCUGAGGGCCGGGGCAGGGCGGCUACAGAGUUUAUGACUUCUCUACUCUUGGGGUUACAGGGCAUGAAGAGGGUGCAGCUCUGGGCUACGUGGAUGGUGCCAUUCAGUAUUGCUGGUGUGGACUACGUGGGGGGUAGAAUCGGGACAGCUGGGACAGAGUCAGGCUCUCCACGUGCCGAUCUGUCUACGAUGGGGAGGAGCAUGGUCGGUUCAUGGAAAAGCUGGAAUCCCGUAUCCGCAAUCAUGACCGGGAGAUUGAGAAAAUGUGUAACUUCCAUUACCAGGGCUUUGUGGACUCCAUCACCGAACUUCUGAAAGUGAGAGGAGAAGCCCACAGAUUGAAGAAUCAAGUGACUGAUACUAAUAGAAAACUGCAGCACGAGGGGAAGGAACUGGUAGUAGCAAUGGAAGAGCUGAAGCAAUGUCGACUGCAGCAGAGAAAUAUUUCUGCCACAGUUGAUAAAUUAAUGCUAUGUCUGCCAGUCCUGGAGAUGUACAGCAAACUGAGGGAACAGAUGAAAACGAAAAGGCAUUACCCUGCAUUGAAAACUCUGGAGCAUCUGGAACACACCUACCUGCCCCAAGUGAGCCACUAUCGCUUCUGCAAGGUCAUGGUGGACAAUAUCCCCAAGCUUCGGGAAGAAAUCAAGGAUGUUUCCAUGUCUGAUCUCAAAGACUUCUUGGAAAGUAUUCGAAAGCACUCAGACAAAAUCGGGGAGACUGCUAUGAAGCAGGCGCAACAGCAAAGGAACCUGGAUAACAUCAUCUCACAACAACCCAGAAUAGGCAGCAGGAAAAAAUCCAAGAAAGAUGCAUAUACCAACUUGGAUACAGAGCUAGAAAGCACUAGCCCCAAGUCUGAGCAAGAUUCAGGGAUUCUGGACGUUGAAGAUGAAGAAGAGGAUGAAGAGGUGCCCGGGGCCCAAGAAUUGGUGGAUUUCUCUCCUGUUUAUCGCUGUCUGCACAUAUAUUCUGUACUGGGUGCUCGGGAAACCUUCGAAAACUACUACAGGAAACAGAGGCGGAAACAGGCUCGGCUAGUGCUCCAGCCUCCCUCCAACAUGCAUGAAACUUUAGAUGGCUACAGGAAAUAUUUUAAUCAAAUUGUAGGUUUUUUUGUGGUUGAAGAUCACAUUUUACAUACAACUCAGGGCUUAGUGAAUAGAGCCUACAUUGAUGAACUAUGGGAAAUGGCCUUGUCAAAAACCAUUGCUGCACUUCGGACACACUCGUCUUACUGCUCAGACCCAGACCUGGUAUUAGAUUUGAAGAACCUCAUUGUCCUUUUUGCCGAUACACUUCAGGUGUAUGGUUUCCCAGUAAACCAGCUUUUUGACAUGCUGCUUGAGAUCAGAGACCAGUAUAGUGACACCCUAUUGAAGAAAUGGGCGGGCGUUUUCAGAAACAUUCUUGAUUCAGACAACUAUAGCCCCAUACCAGUGUCCAGUGAGGAGCUCUAUAAGAAGGUGGUUGGACAGUUCCCCUUCCAAGAUCCAGAUCUGGAAAAGCAGCCGUUUCCAAAGAAGUUUCCUUUCUCUGAAUUUGUGCCUAAGGUUUACAAUCAAAUUAAAGAAUUUAUCUACGCCUGUCUUAAGUUCUCAGAAGAUCUCCAUCUGAGCUCCACCGAGGUGGACGACAUGAUCCGGAAGUCGACAAACCUGCUAUUGACACGAACGCUGAGCAGCGCUCUGCAGAAUGUCAUCAAGAGGAAGAACGUGGGGCUGACGGAGCUUGUCCAGAUUAUCAUCAAUACAACCCACUUGGAGAAGUCCUGCAAGUACCUGGAGGAGUUCAUCACCAAUAUCACCAACGUGCUCCCUGAGACCGUCCAUACCACAAAGCUGUACGGGACCACCACAUUCAAGGAUGCCCGGCAUGCUGCAGAGGAAGAGAUUUAUACGAACUUGAACCAGAAGAUCGAUCAGUUCCUGCAGCUGGCCGACUACGACUGGAUGGCCGGGGACCCGGGCAGCAGGGCCAGUGACUACCUGAUGGACCUCAUUGCCUUUCUCCGGAGCACCUUUGCAGUCUUCACACACCUGCCUGGGGAUGUAAUUGCCCACUCGACAAUGUCGGGGAAGGUGGCUCAGACUGCGUGCAUGUCUGCCUGCAAGCACCUGGCCACGUCACUGAUGCAGCUGCUGCUGGAAGCGGACGUGCGGCAGCUCAGCCUGGGUGCCCUGCAGCAGUUCAACCUGGACGUCCAGGAGUGCGAACAGUUUGCCAGAUCCGGCCCGGUGCCUGGGUUCCAGGAGGACACGCUGCAGUUGGCCUUCAUCGACUUGAGACAACUCUUGGAUCUCUUCACCCAGUGGGACUGGUCGACAUACCUCGCUGACUAUGGCCAACCCACCUGCAAGUACCUGCGGGUCAACCCGGUGACAGCCCUGGCCCUGCUUGAAAAGAUAUCCAGAGAGAUGAAGGACACCAGCCGCAAGAACAACAUGUUUGCCCAGUUCCGGAAGAAUGAGCGGGACAAGCAGAAGCUCAUCGACACCGUGGCCAAGCAGCUGCGGGGACUUAUCAACAGCCACCACUCGUGAGGGCGGGGGGCGCCCCGGGGGGCCGGCCUCGGGCGCUCCGGAGGCUCCAGAGAGAAUAUAUGUAUUUUUUGUAUGCCUUCUGUACAGUAGCCACAGACCCCCGGAGCCGAGCGGGGCGGAGGGAAGGAGCCAGGGCGACCAAGUUGGGGGCUCCUCGGGGGGUCCCAGCCCGCCUUGGGCUCUCCUUCCUGCCCGCUUCCUGCUCCCUUGGGCCGGCCCUGCCUCCCUGUGCCCACCGCCGGCCUCCCUAUGCCCACCGCUGGCCUCCUAAUUUCAAGUCUCACCAUCAGCCCGGGGGGGGAGGAGGACCCAGG